AUGGUUCCGCUGGACCCUCCCAGCGGAAUCGUGCCGCGCGCUACCAGUGUAAGCAACACGCGCGCCAUCCCCCCCACCACCCCCUUCCCCCGCCAUCGUCCCCCACACGCACAUCCACCAACCCACCCAUACCCCCACGGGCCCAUGGUUCCGCACGACCCUCCCAGCGGAAUCGUGCCGCGCGCUACCAGUGCGGCACCAGAAGCUUUGGCAACAAUGGCCGCCACCUUCCCCCGAGCUGUGCAAGAGGAGGCGUUUCUGAGGGCGGUUGCUACUGAGCUGAGCAAGCUGGGCUUUAAGAGGACCAAUAGCAUCGCUCUGGUGAACACAUGUCGAGACGAGGUGUGCCGCCCGGUGGUGAGCCUGAUCGACCGGCAAUUCGGACUCUCCUUCAACCUGUCGGGCCUGGGAGGGCUGGUGAACUGCGGCAAGACGGGCUUUAAGGCUGCCAUGUCGCACUCGCCAGAGUUCAGAGAGGCAGACGGGACUCUGCGUGAGAGAUACAUAUUCUUCGCCUUCCCCCACGUGUCCAUUGGCGAGUCUGGCGAGGUGGGGUCGCUGCUGCGGAGAGGCAGGGGGCGGCCGUCAAGUGCGUGUGGCGCGCUGAUUGCGAUUCAAACCGACCUGAACGAGGCCAAGGGGACGCAGGAGGACCCAUUUGACGAAGAGUACGUGCUGCUCAAGAAGAAGGUUGCGAGCAAGGUGGUCAAUGGUGACCCACCUUUGUCACUUGUACAAGUAACCCGGGCGGCACUAGCUGCUAUUAACGAGGACCUGGAGAAGCUUAUAUCGCUUACAGUGGAUCCUUCUACCGCUGACUAUGCUGUCAUCACAGGUGUCCAGAUACACUCUGGAAAUCAGAUCCCAGGGGAGCCGUUCCGGAUUGAGCGCACAUGCGAUUAUAUCGCGCCUGAUUUGAUGUACGCUGUUGUGUGGGGAGAGCGAUACGACCUUCAGUUGGAGGCAAAAAGGUCAAGCAUUGCGGCAGAGGGUCUUGCUGAAAGCAUCUGA